CUCAAUUUCAGGUAAAGCUCCUUCGAAACGCCAUGGUUUCUGAUGUAGAAAUGCCCCCAUUCAUUGCACGCCUUGUACAGACACGAUCGACUCGAUUCGCUCAGAUCAUCGCAACAAUCCAUGUCCAUUACUGGUGGUGGAUUUGUGGAGGGCAGAGGUGGUCAUGAGGAUUAUAAGGGCAAGGUGACCUUAUUUGUGGUGCUCUCUUGUAUGGUGGCUGCCAUGGGAGGCCUUAUUUUUGGCUAUGAUAUUGGAAUUUCAGGUGGAGUGACAUCAAUGGAGCCAUUUCUGAAGAAGUUUUUCCCGGAAGUAAACAGAAAGAUGAAAGAAGAUACAGAAAUAAGCAACUACUGCAAAUUCGACAGCCAACUCUUGACUUCCUUCACAUCUUCCCUUUACAUCGCCGGCCUUCUUUUCACCUUCUUUGCUUCCUCCGUCACCAGAGCCUUCGGAAGAAAGCCCUCCAUUCUCGCCGGCGGCGCCGCCUUUCUCGCCGGUGCUGCCUUGGGCGGGGCGGCCGCCAACGUCUACAUGCUUCUUCUCGGCCGUAUAUUCCUCGGAAUCGGCGUUGGUUUUACUAAUCAGGCGAUUCCACUGUAUCUUUCGGAAAUGUCACCACAUAAAUGCAGGGGAGCAAUCAACAAUGGCUUCCAACUCUGCGUUGGAAUUGGCGUUCUUUCGGCUAAUCUCAUCAAUUACGGAACCGAGAAGCUCAAGAACAGCUCGGGUUGGCGAAUUUCCUUGGCUUUGGCUGGGGUUCCCGCCUCGCUUUUGACCUUUGGUUCCAUUUUCUUACCCGAGACACCCAAUAGCCUGAUUCAACGCUGUGAUGAACAUCUAAAGGCUAAGAAGAUGCUGCAGCGGAUCCGUGGAAUAGAUGAUGUUGACGCGGAAUUUGAAGAUCUUGUGAAAGCAAAUGCAAUAUCGAAGACAAUGAAGAAACCGUUUGUGAAAAUUACUCGACGGAAGUAUAGGCCUCAACUUGUGAUGGCAAUAGUGAUUCAGUUUUUCCAACAAUUAACUGGUAUCAAUGUCGUUUCAUUCUAUGCACCGAUUCUUUUUAGAACCGUUGGUUUAAAUGAGAAUGCUUCACUGUUGUCGUCUGUCGUGACUGGGGUUGUGGGUACUAUAGCGACGUUCAUUUCAAUGCUUUUAGUUGACAAGUUUGGCCGAAGAGUUUUGUUCACUAUUGGGGGAGUUCAAAUGUUUAUCUCGCAGAUUGUAAUUGGAAGUGUAAUGGCUGCUAAACUAGGUGAUCAUGGUGGGCUGAGCAAAGGGUAUGCGUAUUUGGUUCUUGUUUUGAUAUGCAUAUAUGUUGCUGGUUUUGCGUGGUCUUGGGGUCCUCUUGGUUGGUUGGUUCCAAGUGAGAUUUUUCAGUUGGAGAUUAGAUCUGCUGGACAGAGUAUUACUGUGGCUGCCAAUUUUCUUUUUACUUUUGCCAUAGCUCAGAGUUUUCUAUCUAUGCUUUGUCACUUGGAAAGUGGCACUUUCUUCUUCUUUGGUGGGUGGGUUUUGAUUAUGACUGUCUUUGUGUUGCUUUUCCUACCGGAGACUAAGAAUAUUCCCAUUGAGCAGAUGGAUAGAAUUUGGAUAGAGCAUUGGUUUUGGAAGAGAAUUGUAGUGGAACCGGGUCGAGAGAUGACCUUCAACAACGAGGCACAGUGAUGUACUAAAUUAGAAAAAGAAAAGAAACAUAUAGAAUAAGAUAAUUCGGUUUGUUAGGUAUAUCAGCAUCUAUAUUAAAGCAUUUUUUCACUUAUGAUAGAUGAACUAAUUACAUAGUACCUGGCUGCUGAAGCAUGAUGUUAAAUUCUGGUGAUUGAGUUAGUUUUCCUUUCGGUGUGGAAAAGCAAAACAUUCUGCUAGACGUACCGGUGGAACAAAGUUGUAUGGCCUCAUAAUAUCUCCCUAGUUUUGACUUGAUUCAUCAUGUGAGCAAUAGAACUGCAGAAACUCCCAACAUUCAUAAACUUGACAUGGAACGAGCUAGACAAUAACUAGAUGCCUCAGCUCCUCCUGCCUUUGGGCUUCUCCGGUCUUCAUAUUGUUUGGUUAUGACAUUGGAGUUCCGGGUUUUGUUUUCUUGCUAAACAGCCUCAUAGGAGCAUGAAUAGAUGAUGUCAUCAGAAAGAUAACAAACAAUGUGGAUAAAGAUUGGAUACUUUCUGGAAUCUCUUUACAGUUAGAAAAUCCUACAACGUUGCUACAUCUAUUGCUGGUGAAAGGUUUUAAUCUGUACAGUCGGAUAUUGCUUGGAGAUGGGGUUGGUUUUACAAACCAGCUUUCUUCAAUAUUAAUGGUGGUUCAGUGUGAUUCUGCUCAUCUUUUUGUGAAUCCCAGAUUUGAGUUUUCAAUGUCUAAUUAAAAUUUUGAGAUAAACAAGAAUAUCAAACCAUGGAAAUUGGAAGGUAAUAAUGCCUGAAAGCAUGAGGUCUGUCAACAGCAAACUACUGAUAGUCAAUAUGUAUAGUGAACAACAAGGCUAGCAUACGAUUGGUAUCGCUUUUUGUCUGUGCUUUCUAGACAACUCGCAAUCCUCAUUACCCCAAAGCAUCAUGUGCCUACCAGCUUUUGCUUGGUUCUAAUUCAUUUGGAGAUGGAUGAUGUAUGAGUCAUGCCAAGAAAAAUUCUUGCUUUUAACACAAAGGAACUUAGAGGUAGCCAUGGUGUCUAUUUAUUGUUAUUGAACGAUUAGAUAUACUGUACAAUUCAAAGCUCACAGAAAGCUACUCAUUAGAAUUAUGUAUGAAAUUCACUAAAUUUCACUAAUUAGUAAUGUGAUACGUAUCCAGUCAUGUAAAUGCUUAUAUUUUCUAUUUAUCUAACUGCUUCCAUAUCAUAUUCGUUAAUCAAUUAACAAUUACUAGCUUCCUGUAGUACUAAUUUGCAAAACUCCUUGUGUGUGAGUGAAAUUAUAGAAUAAGGAGAUACUUAUUUCUAUGCUAAAUCAGAGAUAGACAACCAAAAUAAUGAUCAUUUGAAAAACAAAGGAAAUUAUCUUUUUCUACUACAUAUACUGCAAGAGAUCAUUUUUCUACGGAAUUUUCCCACUAUAGUUCGUCAGAAAACACAAAAAGGAUUAAAAAAAAAAAAUGGUGCAAGAUGCAAUCUUUUACCGAAAUCUCAUUCUUUUUCAAUCUCAUCACUGCCUUUUGCGUCCUGCUCAAUUUGUAAUGUUAUGCCAUGUGAUAAAGACGACCAAACAUGAGUCCCAACCCAUCAACUUCCUAUAUUCAACCAUAAUUUUCUUUUGAAUAUUCUUUCACAAUGAGUCGAUGAUUCUUCCACUCAUUUAUCGUACGAAAGUUAGCUAUCAAAAUAAAUGCUGAUCUAGAUUAGUUUAGGAAGACAUCUUUAGAUUUGAAUUCUUGACUCUUUCUUUUCCUAUAUGGCACUGACGCUUUUUAU